AUGUCCAAGUGCCAGUGGGGACGGGACAGGGUCGGGCAUACGAUAACUCCGGGAGGAAUCCUUCCGAACCCAGAGAAGGUCAAGGCCGUCCUGAGAAUCAAACCCCUGCGAAACGUGGCUCAGGUGCGGUCCUUCCUGGGGCUGGCAGGGUACUUCCGAAGAUUCAUCAAGGGAUACGCUACCAUCUCCCGACCCCUGGAACAACUUAAGCUGACCAGCCCUCUGAUCUUGGCGUACCCGGACUUUGAUCUCCCGUUCACAAUCCUGGUGGACGCCUGUCCAAUCGCCCUAGGGGCAGUCUUGAUGCAGGAACAGAGAGGGAGACACCGAGUAAUAGCCUACACGAGCCAAGCGCUAGAUGCGACUCAGCAGAAAUGGAUCUCCAAGAAAGAUGAAGUCUCUGAGAUCGAAUGCUAUGGAUUGACCGGAUCGAAGUCCGGGAACGGACAGUUGGCCCGGUGGGCAGUACACCUCCAAAGCCUGGAUUUCACGGUGAUCCACCGGCCCGGGGCCUUCAUGGGGUGUGCGGAUGGCUUGUCCCGACUACCCCUCGAAACGCAGGAGGACAUGAAGGGAGGCCCCGGAGCCGUCGCUCUACGAUGGGAGCCGGAAGCGGAAGAAUUCCAAACUCUCCCAGCGACCGCGGCUGAGAAUCCGGCUCCCUACCCUCCUGGCAAAGAACCCCCCAAGGAAGGGCGACCCGAGGAACGGGAGACCAGCCCCGGACCCUCCGGGCCUCACCCGGCAAGGGACCCAUUUGGGACGGCCAUGAAAGCGUAUCUGGAAGAAAACGCGCUCCCGCUGGACCCUUGGUUGAUGCGACUGGUCUCCCGAACCUCCGAACAUUACUCUGUGAAGGAAGGCGUAUUGUACCGGCGUGUUGUGUUAAAAUCCCCCACUACGAAACCCGCACAUGAACCUGGUUCCGUAUGGGGAGGGCGACAACACGUACCGGAUCUACCUGCCGUCCCACCCGAAUCGGAGAGUGAACCCAUCAACGUCGAUCGCCUGAAAGCAUUUCACGGAUACUGGACCCAACCCUUCAAUGACGAGGUCCCGGAACGGUACACGGGACCCGCAGAAUCAGGGACCGCAAGUGAUGACACGGUCCUGGAAGACGACUUACUGCCUCGAUCGAGCUUUGUGGAACGGGUUGACUUCCCUGAAGGAUACGUGGCGUACGCGAACUCUCAUUCCCCGGUCCUCCGCAUACUGGACAAGCGACACGACGACGCCCGGGAAGUGGAGUACUUGGUGCAACACGCUGACGAUACGACCCACUGGACACGGCGAUCGCGCCUGGUCGAUUAUAAUUCGUUCAUCACCGAAUACGAGAAUGAGUCCCGGACACAGCAGGGACUCCCAGGGGCGCUGGCAAAGUGGGAAUCCCUAGUGGAGCCUUCCGAACGGAAAGUGGCGGAUCGGGAGAGCCAGAGCCAGGAGUCAGGCCCUGGGGAGGCCUCAGACCGCGUGCCCACUAAAACCGACUGGGGGAUGCGAAUGCGAGCCCACGAUGAACGGAUACACCCCGCCGACAUUUCCUGCGUCCCGAGCCGAGAUGGCCUCCUGGAUCAUCCAUCCGAUGGCAGACGAGAUGACCUCGCGAGUACAGACCCCCCCAACACCCGCCAGGUUCCCGGGAGAAAAACGAUUCAAGAGUUUAGCGCGCAAUGUCCAGCCAUGCAAACGGGGGAGCGAAUGGUUUCGAACGACCUAAGAAAGGCACGACUGGCCAUCACUCAGGACCUUGAGUCUGGACGUAAUAGCUACCGUCUGACCGCCGUGCAAGGUGAUUAG